AUGGUGGAUGUCCUCGCCCCCUUAGGACCUUCUCGUAUUGCCUUACCACUGAUUAAGACUACUGUGGCCACCACCAAGACCCUGUGGCAAACCCCAGCUUCCUUGCCACCCACGGCCAAGCGCAACGAGAGGCAUUAUUUCGUGCCCUCCGAAGGGUGGCGGCGUUGGUACACCAAAUAUCCCUGCACAAACCUCAACGUAAGUAUAUACUCCAAGUGGGCCCGGCCGGCGCGGGGCGCUGGGAGCUGGUGCGCAGGGGCCGGGGCCGGGGCCGGCGGCCCGCGGGGCGCUGCCGGGCGCAGGGCGCUGCAGGAGGCCAACAGCGGCCGCCUGCUGCCCUCGGCCUCACCUAUUACUACAUCAGACACCAUCUUUGAGCUGGGGUUUGAGAAAACCGUGAAGAAGCAGAACAAAGAGCAAGUGCCUCCAGCCCCUGCCCCUGCCCCUGAGCAGCAUCACAAAAAACAGAACAUGGGAAAAAAUGCUAAAAAGUCAACUGCAGUCGAUGCAGGACUCAAGCAAGGCAAAUUCCGAACGCUGGAGGAUGCACUGAAAGCUCUUGAUUUGACAGAACUUCAGAAGGAGCUGGAUAAAAGUCAGAAUGUGUUUCCUGAGAACCCAUCUGUGUGGGUUAAAGACCUGGCUGGAUAUCUAAACUACAAGCUGCAGACCCCUCGGAGUGACCCCACGCUCAGCCAGCAUAUUCCUGAUUACCCCUACAGCCUCGUGAGCAAGGAGCUGAGAAGCAUCAUCAAGUCCCUGCUAGUGAAAGCCUCCAGCGUGCUGGAGCUCUUCUUCGACCACUGUAUUUAUACCAUGUUGCAAGAGCUGGACAAAAGUCCUGGGGAGUCGCUGCAUGGAUACCGGAUCUGCAUACAGGCAGUGGUGUUGGACAAGCCUAAAAUUGCAACAGUGAAUCUGGGCAAGUACUUAGAGCUGUUACGGUCCCAUCAGAACAGGCCAAUGAAAUGCCUCACAAUCAUGUGGGCUCUGGGACAAGCUGGAUUCACAGACCUCACUGAAGGACUGAAAGUGUGGCUUGGCAUUAUGCUUCCAGUGCUGGGGAUCAAGUCCCUCUCCCCGUAUGCGAUUGCCUACUUGGACCGGCUGCUGAUGACGCACACAAACCUGACCAAAGGGUUUGGCAUGAUUGGACCAAAGGACUUUUUCCCACUCUUGGACUUUGCCUUUAUGCCCAACAACUCCUUAUCACCCAGCCUGCAGGAGCAGUUACGCCAGUUGUACCCCAGGCUGAAAGUGCUGGCGUUUGGCGCUAAACCUGAGACCACGCUGCACACCUACUUCCCCUCCUUCCUGUCCAGAGCCACUCCAAACUGCCCUGCCGACAUGAGAAAUGAGCUCCUGAUCUGCCUGAGCGAGUGCCUGAGCGUGGAUGCCCUGAGCUUCAGCGUCUGGCGGCAGCUGUACACGAAACACCUCUCCCAGUCCAGCUUGCUCCUGACCCAUCUGUUGGAGUCUUGGGACAGCACCUCCAGAAAAGUGCGAAAAUCUCUCCAGGAAACGGUUCGUUCAUUCAAAGUGACUAAUGAAGAACUUGCCGUGAAAGGACCAAACAGCCUCCAGGAUCUAGCAGCCUGCCAUGCCACCUGCAAGAACCUGCUGCAUAAGAUGAAAGGCCGUGGCUUCCCCUGGGUUCGACUGCUGCUUGUGGUUCUGGUGUUCGCUGCUGGCUUCCUGGUGCAUGAUAUCAGGACACAGGGGUCUUUUCAAGCUUCUUCUGCUCACAUCCUUCGCUCCUCGGGCAUCCUGUCGGUCUCCCAGCAAGCCUGGAACAAAGUGUCCCAUUACUCCCUGCAAGGAUACAGCUGGUUGGAGAGGAACGUCCCUGUUUACUAUUCCCAAGUGCUGACGGUGUUGGGACCAAACCUGAAACUGGUUUGGACAAAGACCAAUGAGACUGCAGUUUACGUCUCUGGGAAAUGUUCCUCUCAGAUCUCUUGGGUCAAAGACAACCUGCCCUGGUUCAUCGAGUGGCUCCAGGCCCGGGUUCCGGACUUCGUGCUGCACUUUGCUGAAUGCAUCAAGGAGCUGUUACUCUUCCUCCUGCAGAGCUGCCUGCUGCCGGCGCUGGAAUCCAUAGGCACAGCCCUCGAGCGGGGAUGGGAGCUCUGUGUGGACGCUUGCAAUGGAGAAGUGUCGUGGGAUUGCAUGAGAAAACAGCUGACAAGCUUUACCUAUUCCUCCUGGCUAUACCUGCAGAACACAACGCUAGCCAUCAAGAACUGGGCCCUGGCCAUGAUUUCUGGACACUAGAGUCUGGCUCUCUGGAGCACUGGGGACGACGGUCACGUCGUUAAUCUCCUCGUGUCUCGUGACGAAGGACGGUGCCGACAGUGCGUUUUCAGUGUAGCUGCGUUGAGGGGUUGGAGCAGGUGUCUGCACAGGCUGAGACGCGGGGGUAGCUGGGGAGGUUUUCCCUGGGGUGACAUGUCCAAGCUUUAUGCACCCUGUGAUUUAGUUUUGGUUAUUCAUGUCCAACUCCCUGACCCCCGGCCUGUAACUCUGGCAAGUGAGCUGCUGACUGUGCCUCCCCACCUGGGCCUGGCAUGGUCUUCACUGUGACGUUACCUGGAAGAGCAGCCCCUGGAAGGGUGGUGGCUCAGGUGUGUCCACUGCACCACAUAGACAUCAGUGGCUGCCUGGCCAGGCUAGCCUAGAGCCUCAGCCCUCGUGUGUCUGGUGUUGAGGUGCCGUGUAGCAGCCCACGAGCUCUCUUCCCCAUUCACUCCUCUGGCCCCAACCGCUGUCACUUAGUUUGCUGAAUCUCGCCACGCAGCCUCAGGUCACCUACUGUGCUCUGAUCCAUUGCCCUGCCCAGGGGGCAGCCGUCCAGAGCCCCCCUUGGCCAGAGCGAACCUGCAUUGACAGCGUGUCAGUUGUUCCCAGCCGCCCCCCUAAACUAACAGCUGAGGGGAUGUGCUGGCGGCUUUCCAAAGAGCUGCAACAUAGAACAGAGCCACUCUCCUCUCCACUGAACGUGGCAGCAUGGGCCUUGGGGACUACAGCUCCCAGCAGGCAUCACUCUGCUUUGGCCCUUGGGAUCAGGAGGGAGUGCUGCAUGCUGGGCCCUGGCGCCCCAAGCCACACCUGUUGGGGGGGGUGGCCCACUGCCCUAGAACCUCUCCAGUUACCCAGACCGGGGAGUGGAGAGAAGGGCCAAGCCCAGCUCCCGUGGGAUGCCUGAGUGAGGGCCGGCUGCGGGGCAGGCUCAGUGACCUCUGGCUUUGGCAGCCAGGCCCUGACGCCCGGGGGAAGGAAAUAGGACAGGGUCAGGCUCCAAUUCAGGAGGGGGGUGCGGGGAGCGUUUCUUUCAUUUCACUUGUUCCUUGUGCCUGUAGGGGAGCCUGUCUCUCCGGAUCCGCUUCCCCUCCCGUCAGUGUGUAAAACGGGCCGGAGGCGUGGCGGGGGCCAGGUACAGCGCUGUCCUGGCACUUGGCGGGAGGCCCAGAGCCUGUGGCAGGAGGAGGAGCUGUUCUCUCCUCACCCAGCUGGACGAGGGGAAGGCUGCUCUCUUGCCCAGGAUAAGAUCUAACCCCCGAGCCGACUCUGCCCCAGCUUGCAAAGGCAGGAGCAGUGUGUAAGGCUGCAGGAGCUGGAGUGUAAUAGUGUCAGACUGCAGCGUCUCUCAUUCCACGCUCCCCCCAGCCCUUGCUGGCGGCCAGGUGGGCUGGUGCUAGGAGAUUCUCAGUCCUAGACUGCAGCAGUGAUCAUCCUUCCCUCGACUGGCUCCGGGUUCAAGGGAGCAGCCUACUCUUUAACCUCCUGUUCUGUGUGCCUAGGGCCAGGCCUUCUGUGAAACGAGCUGGUUGGGUCUCAGCCAGCCUGUGUGCUACUGGGCCAGUCUCCAUCACCGCCACCAUCCUGGCCAGAAGCAGCAGCGAGCCCGCUGCCUGGCAGUCUCUCCAGCAGAGGCCUGGCUGCUCCCUUAGAUGCUGGGGAUGGGCGAGGCUCUCUCUCAGCCUGGCUCCGUCCACUAGCACAGCCUAGACGGGAGAUGACCCGGAGCGGGGAGAUGCUCAGGCACGUCUGUAAAAGCCAUAUUAACCGAGCUGAGCCCUGGUGGGGGGCAGUGGAAGCUGCUUGGUGAACCCACUGUCCAGGCUGAGCCAUAUUGUCCCCCAAAGGAUCAGCCAGCCCAGUGCAGUCCUGCUCCUCUGGUAGCCUAGGAAAGCCUGUCUCCUUGGACUCUGCAGCCUGCUAGGGAGUUUUCCCAACACCCCAAACCCUCUGUUGCUGGAGACAGGGCGUGCAGCGUGCCAGUGGGAGGACCCCCUGGGGAGACGGGUGUGGCAGGGGCCUCGCUUCUCCAUGCUUGUAUGUCUCGUUGAGGGGUGCUUGCGGCUGGGGUGUGCCCUCCUGUGCAUGCCCUGCUUGCUGCCACCUGCCGGCCUGGAGUCUCACCCGUGUCCAAGAUCCCCUCUUGCCACCUGGGACGGGCCCAGAAGGAGACUCGCAGCUGCCUGUGUUCCUGUCCGCUCACAGAAUUCCAAAGGUUGCAGGACCCAAAUCAUUGAAAUUGUACAUGACUCUUCUCGAAUGAAAUAAAGGAAACGCGAUUUGAUCUGCA